CCGCGGUGAGAUGCGCAGAUAAAAUGAAAGAUAAACAAUAAAACUAACAACAAACAGCAGCAUCGGGGCAAAUGUUUAAUUAACAAUACAAUUAGAUAAUAAGAAAAAGUGGCGUCAACAUGGAGCACCAACAACAAACCAACAAUGGCAGCAACAACAACAACAACAUUAACACCAUCAUCGAUAGCGACAAAUGCCAAAAAGUAAAACGUUUUAUCAUAAUCGGACUGCUGGUCACUAUCGGAAUCUUGGGCUAUCAUUUCUAUGAAUACUUUCAUGGCAAACCACUGCCCAAGGCACCCCAAGAUAUGCUGUCCCUCUCCAAAGAGCUCUACAGCGAGGAAAUGGCCCAAAGCCCCUAUCUCUUUAAAGUGAAUCUGCAGGGCAAGACACGCGCAGGCGCCCACGACGACAAGGCCCCGGAACCUCUCUUCGUGCUGCACAACGAUCUGCUGGCCACGGACUCCAACUCAACCACCACCUUGAUGCGACGUCUCUUCAAUAACUAUGAGUUGGAUGUCAGCGUGCCGGACCAUGUAACGCCCGAGCACGAAGAAGAGCAGCACGAGUUCCUAAGAGCUGUGCUGAAUACACGACAAAUGAAGCUGAGCAUGCGCUACCUAGUCAGCAAGGAUAUUGUUAAGGACGACUAUGACGCACAAAUGCAGCUGCUGAAGGAGCUUUGGUUCACGCCCUACUCGCGCGGCAAUAAUAUUAUCGGCAGUUCGAGUUUCGAGCAUGUCUUCAUGGCCGAAAUCCGAGAUCAGCGCGUCCUGGGCCUUCACAACUGGAUAUACUUUGCCGAGCAGGAACAGCUGGGUCAUGUGGACUACAAGGGCUGGCUGAAGCGGGUCGAUCUGGGCAGGCCGCAACAGUUCAUUCUGGCCUUUCGCUCUACCUUCCACAACCUACCGAAGGGCUACAAUUCAUUUCUAGUCGGCACCUCACCCGAACUGGAGCUGAGUCUCUAUACGGUUUGCUUCUUAACCACGGCUGAGAAGGAACCCUGCGCCGUACAACUGGGGCCAGCGAAACUGUUUAUUGUGACGCACGUGUGGAACUGGAAGGGGAAGCGUCUGAUUGCCUCGGCCUACACAGAUAUUCAGGAUUAGAAGGAAGAGGCUAACUCAUAAAACUUAAUAAACUUGACUAAACGCUACUCUUAAUGCUAAA